AUGCCUCCUCGAAAAGAUAAAGGAAAACAACGGGCGACAUACGUCCAAGUCGACCCCAGCGACUCAGACAGCAAUCAGCCCGACUUUGAAAGAGACAUCGAGGCGGCCGUACAGGAAAGUUGUCAACAAAGAAAAAAAGACGAAUGCAAAGGUGCUAAACUUGAAGAGAAGGAUGACGAUCCUUGA